AUGCGACUCAAGUCAAAAAUCACCACCCGCUCCCACUCCCAGCCAUGCCUCUCAUCUUCUUCUCCGCCGCAGCCCCCCUCGUCGCCGUCUCCCUGCUGCCCCUCCCCACCCACUGCUGCCUCCGCCUCACCGCCACCCGCGCGGCCGCCACGAGCACAACCGCCACCCCGGGUCCCGCUCCCGCGAGCACCUUCGCCGUCGAGGACUACCUCAUCGCCAGCUGCCACCUCACCCCACCGCAGGCGCUCAAGGCGUCCAAGAGCCUGGCGCACCUCAAGUCCGCAUCCAACGCGGACGCGGUGCUCGCCUUCCUUGCGGACCUCGGGCUCUCCCCAAAGGAGGUGGCCGCCGUUGUGGCGUCCAAUCCGCGUGUCCUCUGCGCUCGCAUCGACCGUUCCCUGGCUCCUAUCUCCACGGAGCUCCGCGCGCUCGGCCUCUCCCCGUCCCAGAUCGCGCGCCUCGCGCAGAUCGCCGGCCGCUACUUCCUCUGCCGCAGCUUCGUCUCCAAGGUACGGUUCUGGCUCCCGCUCUUCGGCUCCCCCGAGCGGCUCCUCCAGGCCAGCGACUGGAACUACUGGCUCCUCAGCUCCGACCUCGAGAAGGUGGUGGAGCCCAACGUGGCCUUCCUCAGGAAGUGCGGCCUCAGCGCAGUCGACAUCGCCAAGCUGCUCGUGGCCGCGCCGCGGCUCGUCACCAUGCCUCCGGAGUAUGUCCAGGACGCGGUGCGGCGCGCCACGCAGCUCGGCGUGGCGCCGGGCUCCCAGAUGUUUCGCCACGCGCUCUCCACCGCGGGAUGUAUCGGGCAGGAGAAGGUCGACUCCAAGGUCGCCGUCCUCAAGGAGACGCUCGGGUGGUCGCAGGAGGAGGUGAGCCUGGCCAUCAGUAAGGCGCCGCGGAUCCUGGUUGCGUCCGAGGAGAGGCUGCGCCGGAACGCGGAGUUCCUGCUCAACGAGGUCGGGCUGCCGCCGCAGUACAUCGCCCGCCGUUCGGUGCUUCUCAUGUACAGCCUCGAGAGGCGGAUAGUGCCCCGGCACCUCGUGCUGAUGGUUCUCAAAGAGAAGGGGUUGGUUGAGCAGGACAGGUGCUUCUUCAACGUGGUGGCACCAACAGAAGAGAAAUUCUUGGAGAAAUUCGUUGCUCCCUACGAGGAAUCCAUCCCUGGUCUUGCCGAUGCUUAUGAGUCUGCUUGUAUGGGGAAAGUGACCCGGGGCCUAUGACUGGAAUGUCGAGGAGAAUUUCGAAGCCUUCGUCAUCUCCUCGGUGGCCAACUCCAUGUAUCCAUAGUGGUAGUGUCAGAGACGGAUGCCGCGGAUGAAAUAUCCAACCUGACGCGCGAACCAGCAAAUCAAGGCGAUAGAGAACGAGCCCAGAACCUCAAUGUUUGGCGGAUAUACUUCGUCCUCCAAAUUUUACCGGACCCUUUACAGGAGCUUGCUAGACGCAUAAAGUAGCUGAAGAACUGCUAUAUAUAACGUACAGAACGUUUUACCGAGCGUUGCUGGAGGCAGCCUAAUUCCGGCCUACUGUAUACCCUUGUCUUUAAAUUAUAGGUCUUCAGGUGGAUACUCUCCGUCCCUCCAUUGCCCUGCCAAAAAAAAAUAUGGCACUUAGUAAACCACUUUUAAGUCUUAAUAAGUAAUCAGCGUUGCUAUGUAAUGCUUAAUGUCAGAAUAUCUUUGCCUGAAAGUACAA